GUAAACCUGGACUACUGAUCUGCAAAAUCACCCAAUAUGCACCAUUUAGUGGCUAUGCAGGAGCAAAACAGCAAACAGAGAAGAAGCAAUUAAGAGAUGUCUUCCAAAAGGGCGAUUUAUAUUUUAACAGCGGUGACCUUUUAGUGAUCGACAGUGAUAACUUCAUUUAUUUCCAUGAUCGAACUGGAGACACAUUCCGGUGGAAAGGGGAAAACGUUUCUACCACGGAAGUCGCAGAUGUUUUAGGACUGAUUGACUGUGUUCAAGAAGUAAUUGUAUACGGAGUAUCUGUUCCAGGUUAUGAAGGCAGAACGGGAAUGGCAUGUAUUCGACUAAAGGAAAACUGUGAAUUUAAUGGAGAAAGUACUUACAGACACGUGAACACUCACCUUCCAAACUAUGCAAGGCCUCGUUUUAUAAGGAUUAAGAGUGCCAUUGAACUUACAGCAACUUUUAAGUACCGUAAAGUACAACUAGUGGAGGAGGGUUUCAAUCCAGCAGUCAUCAAAGAUCGCCUGUAUUUCCUGGAUGACAAAGAAAACCUGUAUGUACAUAUGACCCAGGACAUUUAUAACUCAGUAAAAAACCAUGACUUCAAAUUGUGA